ACACUGAACCCCAGGGUACUCGGAGAGGAACCUGGUCCCGGAGCUCUACCAUAAAGAUGAGCCCCACAGAACCGCUUGACGAUGAAGACACAUUUAAAAUCCUGGUCGCCACUGAUAUUCAUCUCGGAUUUAUGGAGAAAGAUGCAGUUAGAGGAAAUGAUACAUUUGUAACAUUUGAUGAAAUUUUAAGACUUGCCCUGGAAAAUGAAGUAGAUUUUAUUUUGUUAGGCGGUGAUCUUUUCCAUGAAAACAAGCCCUCGAGGAAAACCCUGCACAGUUGCUUGGAAUUGCUUAGAAAGUACUGCAUGGGUGACCGCCCUGUGCAAUUUGAGAUCAUCAGUGACCAGUCAGUCAACUUUGGUUUUAGUAAGUUUCCGUGGGUGAACUACCAGGAUGGUAAUCUCAACAUUUCCAUUCCCGUGUUCAGUAUCCACGGCAACCAUGACGAUCCCACGGGGGCGGACGCCCUCUGUGCCCUGGAUAUUUUAAGCUGUGCUGGGUUUGUGAAUCACUUUGGACGGUCAAUGUCUGUGGAGAAGAUUGACAUUAGUCCGGUUCUGCUGCAGAAGGGAAGCACAAAGCUCGCUCUAUACGGCUUAGGGUCCAUUCCAGACGAAAGGCUCUAUCGGAUGUUUGUCAAUAAAAAAGUGACAAUGCUGAGACCAAAGGAAGAGGAGAAUGCCUGGUUCAACCUAUUUGUGAUUCAUCAGAACAGGAGUAAGCACGGAAAUACCAACUUCAUCCCAGAGCAAUUUUUGGACGACUUCAUUGACCUCGUCAUCUGGGGCCAUGAACACGAGUGUAAAAUUGGUCCAACCAAAAACGAGCAGCAGCUCUUCUACGUGUCCCAGCCUGGAAGCUCGGUGGUGACCUCCCUUUCCCCUGGAGAAGCCGUGAAGAAACACGUGGGCUUGCUGCGCAUCAAAGGGAGGAAGAUGAACAUGCAGAAGCUGCCCCUGUGCACGGUGCGGCAGUUCUUCAUGGAGGAUGUGGUUCUGGCUAACCACCCAAGCCUGUUCAACCCCGACAAUCCUAGGGUGACCCAGGCCAUCCAGAGCUUCUGUUUGGAGAAGAUUGAAGAAAUGCUUGAAAAUGCUGAGCGGGAACGGCUGGGGAAUUCUCAACAGCCAGAGAAGCCUCUUAUACGACUGCGGGUAGACUACAGUGGAGGCUUUGAACCUUUCAACGUCCUUCGUUUUAGCCAGAAGUUUGUGGAUCGAGUUGCCAACCCAAAAGAUAUCGUCCACUUUUUCAGGCACAGGGAACAAAAGGAAAAGACAGGAGAAGAGAUCAACUUUGGGAAGCUCAUCCCCAAACCUGCUUCAGAAGGGGUGACCCUCAGAGUGGAAGACCUGGUAAAGCAGUAUUUCCAGACUGCAGAGAAGAAUGUUCAGCUCUCGCUGCUGACAGAAAGAGGGAUGGGUGAAGCAGUUCAAGAGUUUGUGGACAAGGAGGAGAAAGAUGCCAUCGAGGAAUUAGUGAAGUACCAGCUGGAGAAAACACAGCGGUUUCUUAAGGAGCGCCACAUUGAUGCCCUGGAGGACAAGAUAGAUGAAGAGGUACGACGUUUCAGAGAGAGCAGACGGAGAAAUACCAACGAAGAAGACGAUGAAGUUCGAGAGGCCAUGAGCAGGGCCCGGGCCCUCAGAUCGCAGUCAGAGAACUCCACCUCAGCCGUUAGCCCUGAUGACCUGAGUUUUGACAUGACGGAGCAGACAGCAAAUGACUCUGAUGACAGCCUGCCAGCAGUGCCUAGCAGAGGCCGAGGGCGAGGCCGAGGGCGAAGAGGAGGCCGAGGGCAGAGCGCCGCACCCAGAGGAGGGUCUCAGAGAGGCCGAGACGCUGGGCUGGAGAUGGCUACUCGGGGCAGGAGUUCAAAGGCCACUGCAUCAGUAUCUAGAAAUAUGACCAUUAUGGAUGCUUUCAGAGCCACCCGACAGCAGCCUUCCCGAAACGUUGCCGCUAAGAAUUACUCAGAGACCAUCGAGGUGGAUGAAUCUGAUGAAGACGACUUUUUUCCUACUAGUUCCAAGGCUGAUCAAAGGUUGUCGGGCACAGCAUCUAGCAAACGGAUGUCCCAGAGCCAGACAGCCAAAGGGGUGGACUUCGAAUCAGAAGAGGAUGACGACGACGACCCAUUCAUGAGCAGCAGUUCUCUAAGAAGAAACCGAAGAUAAUCUUUUUAAUGGAACUUAGAAAUUUUCACAAUACAGGAGGAAAUCAAAAGUACCACAUGCUGACGUACAACGGAGAUGUUUUAGCGGUGCCACUAAGGAGUCUGAAAAGUUGCUGACCGAGACACAAGUGUGUAGAGCUUACUGUAAAGUGUUGUUUCCUG